AUGGAGACAUCGACUAUAAGCGCAACGUCGACCUUAGUCAAGGGUGCAAAUACUCAAGUCUCUAACCUACGAAAGAUUGCUCCGCAAGGGACCGCUCGUAAUUCCUCCGCCAUGAAGGCCCCGGCUGCGAUGAGAAAGCGUACGAAACGACAAAGAAGAGGUGCGAGAAAGCCCACAGAUAUGCCUCGACGGCCACUCAGCGCCUACAAUCUCUUCUUCAAAGAGCAUCGAUCAGUCAUUCUUGCUGAGCUGGAGAGCAGGGAAGAUAAAGAUAAUUCUGGGCAAGGGAAGAAGGCCUCGACAGCUAGUCUUUUCUCGACUAUGGGAAAGGCGAUUGCGAAGCGAUGGAAAGAGCUUCCGGAGGAAAAUUUGACUCGAUUGAAGAAUUUGGCCAACGAAGAUAUGAACCGAUACCGCAAGGAAAUGAACGAAUAUCACCGGAAACUCGCGCAAAAAGCCCGUCUCGAAACAAAGCCUUUGGACGAUAAGACUGAAAUAGGAAAAGAAAGUGACAAGCUGCCCAAUCCCGAGCAAGUGCAAGCUAAGAAUGCUAACUCUACUAUGGAAGGAGCAGUCCGUCCUGUUCCCGCACACACCAUGCAGUAUCUCUCUUCGUUUGGUGACACGAUCCCUUGGCUGAAUACACGGCAGCUGCUAUUGAUGCAACGGAAUCAGUUUUUCCGGAACCUUCCGCAAGUCAGUAUCGGACAAGCGGGGAUAGCCAUGGGCGACAGAGACCCUUUCGAGCAACUACUGUGUGAACAAAUAAUUCGAGCUCAACUUCACAGUCAACAGCAGACUCAGACAACUAGACUAGCCCAUUUUCGCUUUUUAGAUCAUGAGGAAGCGCUACUUCAAGGCAGUGUCUCCGGUUCGGGCCGAUUUCAUGAAGCGAAUGACUACGCAGUCGGAAACAAUGCAAUGUUAGGAGUCGGCUAUCCGGGUGCAAUCACCUCUCGUAUUUAUGGAGCGGAUGGUUUCCUACAUCAAGGCUAUGUGACUCUUGGUCAGCAUAAGACUGGCAGACAGUUCUUAAGUUAUACUGGACGAAGACAAGGACAAUACCAGCAACUUUUAGCUCAGCAGCAAGUCGAGCGAAACCUCGAGCAAUAUUUGGCUACCGGAUCAAGCCCAACGUCCUUUGGAUUGGUUGAUUCGAAUAGAUCAAGAGGAAAUCAUCCCUACAGGUCAUCAUUACCUUAA